CGGGAGGGGGGAAGGGAAGCUAUCUGCCGGCGCCCGGCGACUCGCGGUACUAUUCGGGCGGCGUGAGGCGACGGUGCUGCUGUCCGCGAGGUCUUUGGGUGUUUUUUUUUCACACACACACACACACACACUCAACGCUCGAGGCGCUCACACUCGCUCGGUUUUCCAGGAACGAAGUAACCAUGUCGGAAAGAAAAGCGGUCAUUAAGAAUGCCGAUAUGGCAGAAGAGAUGCAGCAGGACGCUGUGGAAUGUGCCACCCAGGCAUUAGAGAAGUACAACAUUGAGAAAGACAUAGCAGCUUACAUCAAGAAGGAAUUUGACAAAAAGUACAACCCUACAUGGCAUUGUAUUGUGGGAAGAAACUUUGGCAGCUAUGUAACUCACGAGACCAAGCACUUCAUCUAUUUCUACCUGGGCCAGGUAGCUAUCCUUCUCUUCAAAUCUGGCUGAAGAGGCUGAACUCUAAUGAUUCCAACAUGCAGUCAAUCAAUAAAAAGACUACUUAAUUAAAGUACUUUCUGUUACAACUAAUCUACAAAAAGGAAUAUGAAGUACAUGCCCAAUGUAAUUUGUAGGGAGGUGGACCCCACAUUUUCAAGCUGCUUUGUGCUUUUUUGUUUUUGUUUUUUUAGUCAUCUUACAAAGGGUCGCUGGCCUGUUUCCAGUGAUUGUGUAUUUAUUUUCUAUGUCUUCAUUUUCCACAAGUUCCAAUUCAAUAAACACAUUUUGAUAAAA